AUGUCUGAUCUUCUGUCCGUGUUGCUCGUGGGCGGCUCCGGUUUCCUCGGAUUGCAUUUGGUGCAGCAGUUCUAUACGCACUGUCCAAACACCGAGAUCCAUAUCUUCGAUAUUCGUCCGAUUCCAGACACCAUCUCCAAAUACUUCACCUUCGACAAAAAGAAGGUGAUCUUCCACAAGGGAGACUUGACCAGCGAGACCGAUGUCAAGAGGGCGAUCGACCAGUCCAAGUGUGACGUGGUCGUGCACUCAGCGUCUCCGAUUCAUGGUAUGAGCCAGGAUAUUUACCACAAGGUGAAUGUGGUAGGAACGCAGGUAUUGAUCAAGGUCGCCAAGGCCCUGGCCGUCAAGGCGUUGGUGUACACGUCGUCUGCUGGUGUCGUGUUCAACGGAGAGGAUGUGUUCAAUGGGGACGAGCUGUGGCCUUAUCCUGAGGUGCAUAUGGAUGGGUACAACGAGACUAAGGCUACCGCGGAGCAGGCCGUUAUGCGGGCCAACUGCGCGGACCUUCUUACCGUGUGCUUGCGUCCUGCUGGAAUUUUCGGCCCGGGCGAUCGCCAGUUGGUUCCCGGGUUGCGGACGGCGGCACGGUUGGGCCAGUCCAAGUUCCAGUUGGGAGACAACAACAACUUGUUCGACUGGACGUACGCAGGCAACGUGGCCGACGCACACGUCUUGGCAGCACAGAAAAUCUUACAGGCUGAGUAUGAUCCCAAGCUCGGCGGCGAGACGUUCUUUGUCACCAACGACUGUCCCGUGUACUUCUGGACGUUGGCCAGAACCGUUUGGAAGGCAGACGGACACAUCGACAAGUACAACAUUGUUUUGAGUCGCCCUGUUGCGCUUGUGGCGGGCUAUCUUUCUGAGUACGUGUCCAAGAUCUUGAAGAAGGAGCCAGGUUUGACCCCUUUCAGAGUAAAAAUCACCUGCGCCACGCGUUACCACGACAUCACCAAGGCCAAGGAGAUCUUGGGCUACACCCCAGCCGUGAGUCUUGAAGACGGUAUCAAGCACACGCUCGACUGGAUCUACGAGACGCACGAGAAGUAA